GAACGAGAAAUCUUAUCCCAGUCACAAGUGUGACUUGCCCUAUUCGGUCCUCCCACCCCCCGACCACAAAUGUCUACCGCGCGCACUAACGGCCGGCCCGAGCCUGAAGUUACCCAGACCUACCUCGAUGGGUUCUCAUACGUGAAAUCCGCUAUGCAGGAAGCCCUCCGGCCUGGCGGUUUUCUCGAUAAACCGCCCAUCGUCCUGCACAAAAAUACCCCGUUGACCAAGGCGCAGCGCGAUUCGAUCAAGAAGGAGGACGUGGAGCUCAUUGUGUCUGAGUUUGAGCUUCCCAAAGCCGAGGCAGAACGUGUCCUCGUCGAGCACAACGGGAACGUAAGAGAUGCACUGCGGACCCUGACCGGCCUAUAAAGCACCUCUUGCAAACCGAAUGUAUUCUGUAUUCUACGCAAGCUUGCGAAAUACUGGACGAAAUUCCGCCACUAAGCGGUCAUGCAGUACUCCUUAUUUUCUAGCUACCUAACGGCCCGAGGACUAUCAAAAGGGGUGCUGAUGUGUACAGGACCUAAGAAAGACUGUAAGCUUCAUGGGGCAACACAAGCGAAUGCAAGAAAGCGAAAUCCGUCGGCACCUCAGCCUCGCCUUAAGCUCUCCACUCGCACCGCUAUCGCCAGUGCCUUACACAGAGGUAGGACGCCGCCUGUCACGAUGCAGAAACCGCCGCUUCGAAGCCAAAAGACCUCUUCAGCGGGGCCGGGGUGCGUCGAUUUACCAGUUUUUUCGUCAUCGGCGCCGCAGGCAGAAAUGAAAUACAAUACGAGAAGCAAACUCACAUACAUUGAUCCACUACAGUAAGACAACCACAUCGGUACUCCUAAGACACCAGGAUAUGUCGGACUCCAUAGGUGGUCCUGCGUCCUAGCUUCUCGACCAGAGGGAGAAACAUUCAGCAAAGACUGUUUUAAGGAGUCCUCGCGACGAGGUCGCGCCAUCUCCGACGUUUGUCUGGACUAUCCUUCCUUGCGAUAUGCCGGACGGCGGAGGACGAACAGUAAUUUGGACAUCGUGGUUUUUUU